UGUGUUGUUGACGUUGGUACAGUGGUUGUCGAAGUAGGCACUGUAGUUGUAGACGUGGGCAUCGUGGUUGUCGACGUCGGCACCGUUGUGGUCGACGUUGGCACAGUGGUUGUGGAUGUAGGCACUGUGGUUGUCGAAGUCGGCACUGUAGUGGUUGAAGUUGGUACAGUGGUUGUUGACGUAGGAACUGUAGUUGUAGACGUUGGUACAGUGGUUGUCGACGUUGGUACAGUGGUUGUCGAAGUAGGCACUGUAGUUGUAGACGUUGGUAGAGUGGUUGUCGACGUUGGUACAGUGGUUGUCGAAGUAGGCACUGUAGUUGUAGACGUUGGUACCGUGGUUGUCGACGUUCGGCACAGUGGUUGUCGAAACGUGGGCACCGUGGUUGUCGAAGUCGGCACUGUGGUUGUCGAAGUCGGCACUGUAGUGGUUGAAGUUGGUACAGUGGUUGUUGACGUAGGAACUGUAGUUGUAGACGUUGGUACAGUGGUUGUCGACGUUGGUACAGUGGUUGUCGAAGUAGGCACUGUAGUUGUAGACGUUGGUACAGUGGUUGUCGAAGUCGGCAAAGUGGUGGUCGAAGUAGGCACUGUAGUUGUAGACGUUGGUAUAGUGGUUGUCGACGUUGGUACAGUGGUUGUCGAAGUAGGCACUGUAGUUGUAGACGUUGGUAGAGUGGUUGUCGACGUUGGUACAGUGGUUGUCGAAGUAGGCACUGUAGUUGUAGACGUGGGCACUGUGACGUUGGGUAGAGUGGUUGUCGACGUUGGUACAGUGGUUGUCGAAGUAGGCACUGUAUUGAGACUUAGACGGUGCACCGUGUUGAUCCGACUGUGGGCACAGUGGUGUCGAGUCGGCAAAGUGGUGGUCGAAGUCGGCACUGUGGUUGUCGACGUCGGCAAAGUGGUGGUCGAAGUCGGCACUGUGGUUGUCGACGUUGGUAAAGUAGUGGUGGACGUAGGAACUGUAGUUGUAGACUUGUCGAACGUUGGUACAGUGGUUGUUGACGUGGGCACAGUGGUUGUCGACGUCGGCAAAGUGGUGGUCGAAGUCGGCACUGUGGUUGUCGACGUCGGCAAAGUGGUGGUCGAAGUCGGCACUGUAGUUGUCGACGUUGGUACAGUGGUUGUCGACGUAGGAACUGUAGUUGUAGACGUUGGUACAGUGGUUGUCGACGUUGGUACAGUGGUUGUCGAAGUAGGCACUGUAGUUGUAGACGUUGGUACAGUGGUUGUCGACGUUGGUACAGUGGUUGUCGAAGUAGGCACUGUAGUUGUAGACGUUGGUAGAGUGGUUGUCGACGUUGGUACAGUGGUUGUCGAAGUAGGCACUGUAGUUGUAGACGUGGGCACUGUGGUUGUCGACGUGGCACAGUGGUUGUCGACGUUGGCACAGUGGUUGUCGACGUGGCACAGUGGUUGUCGACGUUGGUACAGUGGUUGUCGACGUUGGCACAGUGGUUGUCGACGUGGCACAGUGGUUGUCGACGUUGGCACAGUGGUUGUCGACGUUGGCACAGUGGUUGUCGACGUGGCACUGUGGUUGUCGACGUGGGCACAGUGGUUGUCGACGUGGCACAGUGGUUGUCGACGUUGGCACAGUGGUUGUCGACGUAGGCACAGUGGUUGUCGACGUUGGUACAGUGGUUGUCGACGUUGGCACAGUGGUUGUCGACGUGGCACUGUGGUUGUCGACGUUGGCACAGUGGUUGUCGACGUGGGCACUGUGGUGUCG